AUGACAUUGUACUUAACAUCAAAGAAGCCAAAACGUUCGAUUUUUAAAUGUUUUGUUUUUCUAGCUGUGGCAUUAAUAAACCAAUAUCUUGUUGAUGCAUUUCUUGUCCGUCCAUUGUAUAAAGCGUUACUGCGCGAACAUCAAACAUUCACAUUGGCUGAUUUAGAAUCACUCGAUCCGGAAUUUUAUCAAUCAUUGCUGUGGAUUAAAGAAAACAAUGUUGAAAAUCAAGAUUUGUAUUUCUAUGUCAACGAAGAUCAAUGUGGUAAGAUAAUCGAAAAAGAAUUAAAACCCGACGGAAAGAAUUGUCAAGUGACUGAACGUAACAAACGUGAAUUUCUCGAUUUGAUUAUCAAGUGGCGCAUAGAACGCGGUGUACAAGAACAAAUCGAUUGUUUCGUACGAGGCUUUUAUGAAAUCAUUGGUGAUAAUAAACUCAUUUCUUCUAUGUUUGAUGCACGAGAAUUAGAACUAGCCUUGUGUGGUACGAUGGAAAUUGAUCUGAACGAUUGGCGUGCAAAUACCGAGUACCGUGGUGGUUACCAUAGUCAACAUCAUGUUAUCGAAUGGUUUUGGUUUUGUGUUGAGAAACGUUUUGAUAAUGAACAACGUUUGAAAUUGUUACAAUUCGUUACUGGUACAUCGUCGAUCCCGUAUGAAGGCUUUUCCGCAUUGCGUGGUUCCAAUGGUCCACGACGAUUUUGUAUCGAACGAUGGGGAGUGGCAGGAGCGUUACCACGUGCACAUACAUGUUUCAAUCGUUUAGAUUUGCCGUCUUAUACAUCCUAUGAUAUUCUAUAUAACAAAUUGUUAUUAGCUAUCGAAGAAACAAAUACAUUUGGUAUCCAAUAA